GCUCUAUUCCUGACCAAAUCUCUCAAACUCCAACUGUUAAUAUACAAAAUAAAUCACAUUCUGAUAGUAGUGGUAUAUCUCGAGCUGAACUAGAUAGUAUGAUAAAAUCACAAUUAGCUUUAGUACCAACAACUUCUAUUCAGUCUUUACAGUCUCAGCAAAAGCAACCCGAUUUUAGUGACUACCUUAGAGUACCAGAUAAAUAUAUGCCAGAAAGACCACCAGAUGGGUAUGGCGUAAAUUCUGAAAAAUUUAUUCAUUGUGAUCUUAUAAACCCAACUCCUUCAGCCAGCCAAAUUAUAGAAUCUUUAGCUAAUGAUCUUUAUAAAAAAAAGGAAAAGCAAAGUUUAAAGUCCCAGUCACAGGAUGAACAAUCCCGCUUAGAAAAAAUUAUUGAAAAAAUUAUUGAGAAGAAGCUUAAUGAAAA